CGCCCGAGGCCGAGCGCGGACGCCGAGCGUGGGAGCCAUGGAGCGCGAGGAGGACGGGGACCCCGAGCGCCGGGAGGCUGCGGCGCGGGCCGGCGGCGACAAGGAGGAGGAGGAGGAAGAGGAGGGACUGAGCGACAGCGACGACGAGGACGAAGACCGGGAGACCCGCGGCGGCCGCGAGGAGGAAGGAGAGGAGGCGGCGGCCGCCGGGCGGGAGCGCAGCGAGGACGCGCCGCCGCCGCCGCCGCCGAGCGCGGAGCUGCCUCCAGCCGCCGUGCCCGCCGCGGCCGCCCGCGACCGGAGCGGCCGCCGCCCGCCGGGGCCCCAGCCGGGGCCGCUGCCCUGCCGCCCGAAGAGGAUGCCGUCGCCCGACGAGGAGGAGCGCGAGCGUCGCCGGAGCCGCCGGAGGGACCUUCUGCUGAGCCAGAUAGGCUUCCUGGCCCUGGUGGCGCUGCUGCUCUGGUCGCUGUCGAGCAUGCAGGACCACGACGACCUUGAUUUCAUGGACCUCAUCGGGCAAGACAGACAGUGGACCGUGGGCAGGAAGUUAAUGCAGGUGAAUGACUCGCUGACUUCAGAAGAUGCAGGGCCGCGGAGCAGCAAGAACUGCACUGAACCAGCCCUGCACGAGUUCCCCAAUGACAUCUUCACCAACGAGGACAGAAGACAGGGGGCGGUCGUCCUGCACGUGCUCUGUGCCAUGUACAUGUUCUAUGCGCUGGCGAUAGUGUGUGAUGACUUCUUUGUCCCCUCCUUGGAAAAGAUCUGUGAGCGCCUGCACCUCAGCGAGGAUGUGGCUGGGGCCACGUUCAUGGCAGCAGGCAGUUCAGCUCCAGAGCUGUUCACAUCGGUCAUAGGCGUCUUCAUCACCAAGGGUGACGUGGGAGUGGGGACCAUCGUGGGCUCCGCCGUGUUCAACAUCCUGUGCAUCAUCGGCGUCUGCGGGCUCUUCGCCGGGCAGGUUGUGGCUCUGUCCUCCUGGUGCCUGCUGAGGGACUCCAUUUACUACACGCUGUCCGUGGUCGCGCUCAUCGUGUUCAUUUAUGAUGAACAAGUUUCCUGGUGGGAGUCUUUGGUCCUCGUGCUGAUGUAUCUCAUCUACAUUGUCAUAAUGAAAUACAACGCCUGCAUACACCAGUGCUUCGAGAGGAGGACCAAGGGUGCAGGAAACAUGGUCAACGGCUUGGCCAACAACGCUGAAAUCGACGACAGCAGCAACUGCGACGCCACCGUGGUGCUACUCAAGAGAGCCAAUUUCCACCGCAAAGCGUCAGUGAUCAUGGUAGAUGAGCUGCUGUCAGCCUACCCACACCAGCUCUCUUUCUCUGAGGCUGGUCUUCGAAUCAUGAUCACCAGCCACUUUCCCCCCAAGACUCGACUCUCCAUGGCCAGUCGCAUGUUGAUCAAUGAGAGACAAAGACUGAUAAACAGCAGGGCUUAUGCCAAUGGGGAAUCCGAGGUGGCCAUCAAAAUCCCGAUUAAGCACACGGUGGAGAACGGGAUGGGGCCCAGCAGCGCCCUGGACAGAGGUGUGAACGGGACGCGGGGGGACGACGUUGUUGCCGAGGCUGGCAACGAGACGGAGAAUGAGAACGAGGACAACGAGAACGACGAGAACGAGGGCGAGGAGGACGAAGAGGACGAGGAAGGGCCGUACACGCCGUUCGACCCCCCCUCUGGCAAACUGGAAACAGUGAAAUGGGCGUUCACCUGGCCCCUGAGCUUUGUCUUGUACUUCACUGUCCCCAACUGCAACAAGCCCCGCUGGGAGAAGUGGUUUAUGGUGACCUUCGCUUCCUCCACGCUGUGGAUCGCAGCCUUCUCCUACAUGAUGGUGUGGAUGGUCACGAUCAUCGGGUACACGCUGGGGAUUCCUGACGUCAUCAUGGGGAUCACCUUCCUGGCAGCCGGAACCAGCGUGCCCGACUGCAUGGCCAGCCUCAUUGUGGCCAGACAAGGCAUGGGGGAUAUGGCCGUGUCCAACUCCAUCGGGAGCAAUGUUUUUGACAUCCUCAUUGGCCUCGGGCUCCCCUGGGCCCUGCAGACCCUGGCUGUGGAUUACGGAUCCUACAUUCGGCUAAACAGCAGGGGACUGAUCUACUCCGUGGGCUUGCUCCUGGCCUCCGUCUUUGUCACGGUGUUUGGCGUCCACCUGAACAAGUGGCAGCUGGACAGGAAGCUCGGGUGCGGGUGCCUUUUCCUAUACGGCGUGUUCCUGUGCUUCUCCAUCAUGACUGAGUUCAACGUGUUCACCUUCGUGAACCUGCCCAUGUGCGGGGACCACUGACCCGCGGCCGCCGCCAGCCGCGGCCCCUCCUUCUGUGCAAUACGAGCCCGACGCCCGAGUCUGGCCCCGCGGCGUGGUCUCUGCGCUGCCCACCGGCCUCCGCUCCCGCCCUCGGGUCCCCCUGCCCCGCCCCCGGCCCCCUCCCCGCCCCCCCACCCCGGCUCCGCCUUCCCGCCUCCUCCGCGUGAAGACUUCGACACCCGCGUGAAUUUUCAAGCUCAAUUUUUGAACAGUGACUGAGAUUCUAGAAAAACUGGCUGCUAACUGGCCCAAGCCAGGCAAAACUUAGUACAUCCCUCGUCCUUUUUUAAGUUAUUGGAUGGAAGACUAGCCUAAUUUAUGACCCUAGACUGUGGAAGGAGAGAGAGGAGAGGGUCCAUUGAUGGUAGGGAGUGUUUGGGAUUUCCUUAUAUUUGGCGCUGAUCCCUAGGUUACUGGGUCUGGGGGGCUGUUUGGCUUUGGGGGAUCCCCCUUUUUCUUCCUUUGCUUCCAGAGAUUGAGAGUUUUUCUUGCGUCUUCUUUCACUGGGCUCUGGGUCCGUCGAUGACCCACGGGUGUCCCAGCUGCGUCCUCUGGGGUCGAGUCCCAGGCGCUUUGGAGCUUGUAUGGAUUUAGUGCUGAUCUGAGGAGUGGCUGGCGAGGCCCUGGGACAAAGGCGUGACACGUCACACCCGGGGGUCUCCGCCAAGCCCUGCAGGCCUUCCCUGGGGCGCAGGGUUUUACGGGAAGGAGAUAGCUGCCCACCUGUCCAUUUUGACCAUCACUCUCUCCCCAGGUUCCUUCUAGCCUCUCAAGCAAUAGUUGUUGCCUGCCUGCCAGAGGCCUUUGACUCGGGGCCCCGGUUAACCUCUCCAUCCUAGAGCGCUAGGCAGCCAACGGCAGGAGCUUCCCCGCCUGUGAGUCCCUGAGAUGUGUUCUCUUUGCUUGGUGUUUGGGGUGACAGGGAGUGACCCAGAGGCCAACACCGCUUUACGCGCAGGAGGUACAGACACUGGUUUCUUGGGAAAUGGAGAGACGCGCACUUUGCACAGACGUGGCCCCUCGGUACUGAGUACACUGGACCCUGACCGUUGGCUCUAGGGCCAGCGUUCUAACUUCGGGACGCCGCCGCCCAGCAGUCCCAGCUCCACCGCUCCCUUCCGGGAGGGGCGGCGGGGGUGGGGCGGGCGGGAGGCGCAGGAAGGAGAAAAGAGAACGGACACCUUGGAAACCGCAGAAUGUGUUCAGUGCAGACUCGCUCAAGGGCAUAAGUUAUUGUGGACGUUGUUGCCAAUCACUGCUCAGCAGCCCUGCUAGGUUUUGUCUGAUGCUGGAUUAUUACGCAGAUAAUUCCACCGAGUUGAGACCCACCCAUGCUUGUUAUACUUGUAUUUAUUGAAACUGUGGAUUCUUGCCCGUGCCGCCCCAUGUAUUUACUUUAAGCACUGAUCACUUAUUCAUUCGGUAUGGUUUUCCCCGUCCCUUGUACACAUUCUGGUAUGAAUUGUAAAAAUAACCUGCUACAGAUGGGUUGAAUAUUUGCUGAUGGUGCAGACUGAGGCCGGCGUUCGCCGAGGGGCACCUGCCGGCCGGAGGAGCGGGAGAGGAAAUCACCACUUCGGGCUCUCAGAGCCAAGACACACAUGGAUUCUGUUACACAUUUUGCACUGGUUUACGGCGAUUGUUUUCUUGGACGGAUAGUGUAAAAUAAACUUCUCUGUUCUGUA